CUCGACUCUUAAGGCGCGACCCGCCCAUCCUUGAGCAGACUCUAGAGCCAGAGCCGAGGCGGGAGACUAGGACGCUUUCUGGCCCAGCGGGCUGAAAAGGACUAAAGCCGGGGCCUUCCCCGCCCGGCCCCCUCAGCCAUUGCCACGGGCUCCUGGCUUCGCUGCUCCCAGGGACAGAAGAUGUGCUCCAGGAGGCCUCUGCUGCCACUUCUACUGCCAUUCCUGCUGCUGUUUCUGGAGUCCAGAGUACAGGGCUGCCCAUCUGGCUGCCAGUGCAACCAACCACAGACAGUCUUCUGCACUGCCCGCCAGGGGACCACACUACCCCGAGAUGUGCCAUCUGAUACCACAGGCCUGUAUGUCUUUGACAAUGGCAUCACCACACUGGAUGUGGGCAGUUUGGCCAGCCUGCCAGGCCUGCAGCUCCUGGAUUUGUCACAGAAUCAGAUCACCAGUCUGCCCGGUGGCAUCUUCCAGCCUCUUGCCAAUCUCAGCAACCUGGACUUGACUGCUAACAAGCUACGUGAGAUCACCAAUGAGACCUUCCGUGGCCUGCAGCGCCUUGAGCGCCUCUACCUGGGAAAGAACCGCAUCCACCACAUCCAGCCAGGUGCCUUUGAUGCCCUUGACCGCCUCCUGGAACUCAAGCUGCAGGAUAAUGAGCUGCGGGUGCUGCCCCCGCUGCGUCUGCCCCGCCUCCUGCUGCUUGACCUCAGCCACAACAGCCUCCCAGCUCUGGACCCUGGCAUCCUAGACACCACUAACAUGGAGGCCCUGAGACUGGCUGGCCUGGGGCUAAGGCAGCUGGAUGAGGGGCUCUUUGCCAGGCUACAUAACCUCCACGAUCUGGAUGUGUCCGACAACCAGCUGGAGCGCAUACCUGCUGUGAUUCGAGACCUUCGGAGCCUGACGCGUCUGCGGCUGGCUGGCAACACUCGCAUUGCCCAGCUGCGGCCUGAAGACCUGGCUGGCUUAGCUGCUCUGCAGGAGCUGGACCUAAGCAACCUGAGCCUGCAGGCCCUGCCCAGUGACCUCUCAGGCCUCUUCCCCCGUCUGCGACUCCUCACGGCUGCCCGAAACCCCUUUAACUGUGUGUGCCCUUUGAGUUGGUUUGGCCCCUGGGUACGUGAGAGCCAUAUCACACUAGCCAGCCCUGAAGAGACACGCUGCCAUUUCCCACCAAAAAAUGCUGGCAAAUUGCUGCUGGAGCUUGACUAUGCCGACUUUGGCUGCCCAGCCACCACGACCACGCCUACAGUACCUACUACAAGGCCCAAGGUGGAGGAGCCCACACUUUUGCCUUCCAGCUCAGCUCCCAUCUGGCUUAGCCCCACAGAGCCAGCCACUGAGGCCCCUAGUUCACCAUCCACUCCCCCACCAACUAUAGGGCCUGCUCCCUGGCCCCACGACUGCCCAGUUUCUACCUGCCUCAAUGGGGGCACCUGUCACCUAGGGGCAAGGCACCACCUGGAGUGCCUUUGCCCUGAGGGCUUCAUAGGCCUAUACUGUGAGAGCCAUGUUGGGCAAGGAACACGGCCCAGCCCCACACCAGACACACCAGGUCCCCCGCAGCCUCUGCCCCUCGGCAUUGAGCCAGUGAGUCCCACUUCCCUGCAUGUGGGGCUGCAGCGCUACCUGCAGGGCAAUACCAUGCAACUCAGGACUCUCCGCCUUACCUACCGCAACCUGUCAGGCCCUGACAAGCGGCUGGUGACCCUGCGGCUGCCAGCCUCGCUUGCAGAGUACACAGUCACCCAGCUGAAGCCUAACUCUACCUAUACCAUCUGUGUUAUGCCCUUGGGCAUUGGGCGAGUGCCUGAGGGCAAGGAGGCCUGUGGGGAGGCCCAGACACCUCCAGCUGUCCUCUCUAAUCAUGCCCCGGUCACCCAGGCCCAAGAAGGCAAUCUGCCUCUCCUUAUUGCACCUGCCCUGGCUGCUGUGCUCCUGGCUGCCCUGGCCGCCAUGGGUGCAGCCUACUGUGUGCGGCGGGGGCGGGCAGCAGCUGUGGCUCAGGGCAAGGGGCAGGUGGGACCAGGGGCUGGGCCCCUGGAGCUGGAGGGGGUGAAGACCCCCUUGGAGCCAGGUCCCAAGACAACUGAGGGAGGAAGGGAAGCCCAGCUAGAUGGGCCUGAGUAUGAAGUGCCACUCAUGGGCUACCCUGGGCCCAGCCUCCAGGGGUCCCUCCCCACAAAGCCCUAUAUCUAAGCCUGGGAGUGAUGGAGUAGCAAAAGGACCACUACCCUCCUGCUGUCACACAAGUUCUCAUUCAUAAAACAGAGACACAUGCAGGGUGGGGUUCUGUAACCACAACCAGAACCUGUCCCUCUCUGGGCCUUAGUCUCAUCUGUGAGCUACUGCAACCUGGGUGACAAGUUCUAAUAGCCACGAGCCGAAGGGAAUGAGGCACUGGAAGGUCAGUGUCUGCCCAUUCUGGGGCGUGCAAUCUGGAGUGUGGUGGCCCCGCCGUGUGCUGGUAACACAGGCCAGGGCUCCAGGCCAAAGACCUGGGGGCAAGUGAAGGAAGCCCCCAGAGGGAGCAGGCAGGAACAGCCCCGUAGCUCCAGCCUUGCCCCAGAAGCACAGGAACAUGAGAAACUGGAAAGGAAGGUACCAUGGCAACGUGUGGAUUUGCUUCUGUUUUAGUUUUUGAAGUAUAUUUAUGAGAUCCUUUUCCCAUUUAUGCUGGGAAAAUGUUCUUCAAACUCAGUGUCGAGGACUUUUUUUUUUUUUUUUUUAAGACAAAUGAUGAUAUGAAGGCUUUUUGUAAGAAAAUAAAAGAUAAAAACCA